AUGGAGGGCAAAGCAUCCCAGGGGACAGGGUGGAAAGGAAAGAAGGUCCUCUCUUUGACAGCUGUGAUGCCUCUGCUCUUAUUCUUCAACAGGCAGUGUGCUCUGGCAGCCCUUCGGGAUGUCCAAACCUAUCUGAACAUGGAAGAAGGGCAAGUAGCGGUUUUUGAUGCCACAAACACCACGAAGGAACGACGUGCUCUCAUCCUGCAGUUUGCCAAGGAGAAUGGCUUCAAAGUCUUCUUUGUCGAAUCCAUCUGUGAUGAUCCACACAUCAUUGAAGAGAACAUUAAGCAAGUGAAGCUAACCAGCCCCGACUAUAAGGACUGCAACCGGGAUGAAGUUGUGGCGGAUUUUCUUAAGAGGAUUGAGUGUUACCAACAGACCUACGAGCCACUGGAUGAUGAGCUGGAUAGCUUAUUAUCCUACAUCAAGAUCUUCAAUGUUGGCAGUCGGUACCUGGUGAACCGAGUGCAGGACCACAUACAGAGCCGCACUGUCUAUUAUCUGAUGAACAUUCAUGUAACACCCCGCUCCAUCUACCUCAGCCGGCAUGGGGAGAGCGAGCUCAACCUGCGUGGGCGCAUAGGGGGUGACUCUGGACUCUCUGAGCGUGGCAAACAGUAUGCCUGUGCCUUGGCCAACUUCAUCCGUUCCCAGUGUAUCAGUGACCUCAAGGUCUGGACAAGCCACAUGAAACGCACGAUCCAGACUGCAGAAGCACUGCACGUGCCCUAUGAACAAUGGAAAGCACUAAACGAGAUUGACGCGGGUGUCUGUGAGGAGAUGACAUAUGAAGAGAUCCAAGCUAAUUAUCCACAAGAGUUUGCCUUACGAGACCAAGACAAAUAUAGGUACCGCUAUCCUAAGGGAGAGUCUUAUGAGGAUUUGGUACAGCGUUUGGAGCCUGUCAUAAUGGAGCUGGAGAGACAAGAGAAUGUGCUGGUGAUCUGCCACCAAGCGGUCAUGCGCUGUCUCCUUGCCUACUUUUUGGACAAGAGUUCAGAGGAGUUGCCGUACCUCAAGUGUCCACUGCACACUGUUCUCAAGCUCACGCCUGUGGCCUAUGGCUGUGAGGUUGAAUCUAUUUUUCUCAAUAUCGAGGCUGUGAAUACACAUCGGGAACGUCCACAGAAUGUCGAUGUGACAAGAGAUCCCAAGGAGGCCCUAGGUACAGUGCCAGACCAUUACUGACCAUACUGCAUAUUAAAAGAAUCCUACCUUCUCAACUUGUCUGCUCCCCACUCCUGAACGAGAAAACAUGAGAAAAAAGGAAAUCGUCCAUUCUGCAAGGGACUUGCUUAUCCUCAUGCAGGUAUCUGGAGAAAUGACAUUGGGUAUGGGGGCUCUGAGCCAUCUUAUGAUGCCUGCCUUUAUACAUACAAGUAGAUCUCUCCAACAGAACAUGGCAUAGAACAUGGAAAGCCAGUGUGGUGUAGGGGUUAAGAGUGCAGGACUGGGACUCAGGCGAUCUGGGUUCUUGUCCCAGCUCAG